AACUUAUUUCCCAUAAUGUGUUUUAAUGAUGACCCAAACAUUCCAGGCAACAAUAAAACAAAAAAUUCUAACACUGCCAUUCUCUCUCUUCUCUCAUUUCACAUUCCUUCCGCACCUUCAGGAUGGGCGGUGGGUCAGCCGGACUUCGCUAUGCCCCUCAACAACGUCUCAGUGCCUGUGGGUCGUGAUGCCACCUUCUCCUGCAUGGUGAAGGACUUAGGAGGCUACCGGGUCGGGUGGGUGAAGGCAGACACCAAGGCCAUACAAGCCAUCCACAAACACGUCAUCACCCACAACUCCAGAGUGUCGGUGACUCAUAGUGAUCACAACACAUGGAUGCUGCACAUACGAGGCGUCCAGGAGGAAGAUCGAGGACCCUACAUGUGUCAGAUCAACACAGAUCCUAUGAGGUCACAGAUAGGAUACCUGGAGGUGACGGUGCCCCCAGAGAUUGAUGAUACCAAGUCAUCAACAGACGUAAUGGUCCCAGAGGGGUCCAACGCACCCAUUACGUGUCGUGCCCACGGCUACCCACGACCCAAGAUCAUCUGGACCAGAGAAGACCAGAAACCCAUUGUGCUGAGAAUCAAUGACCCCGCCAUGCCCAAGGUCAAGAGUGAGUACCCAAGGUCAACUAAGGUCAGGAGUGAGUACCCAAGGUCAACCAAGGUCAGGAAACUGAGCUACGAGGGAGAGACGCUUAACUUAACGCAGAUCACCAGGUCAGAUAUGGGACCUUACCUGUGUAUCGCCAACAACACCGUCCCGCCUAUAGUCAGCAAGAGAAUAAUGGUCGAGGUUCAUUUCCGGCCAGUGAUCCACGUCCCCAACCAGCUGAUCGGCGUUCCCAUUGGUAGCUCCGCCAAGCUCGAGUGUAACCUGGAGGCCUCGCCCAAGUCCAUCCAAUACUGGACCAGAGACACAGGAGAGAUGCUUAUCACCAACAACGAGUUCAACGUACAAGAAUCACUAACCAACUUCUAUAUGACCAAGAUGACCCUUACCAUCAACCAGUUCAGGAGACGCCACGCUGGCAUCUACCACUGCACCGCCAAGAACUCCCUAGGCGAGACUGAGGGAAAAAUUAAAGUUUACGUCAUCGAAGUACCGACGGAGGAACCUGCCCAGACAGACGAGGACAUUACCCAGCUAGGCCAGGGCGGCGGCAUCUACCAACAGGUCGACUUUAGCAACGAGAUCCCAUACGGUCCUCGAUCUCGUGAGGACACCAAUCCCACAAGACACGAGGACAUCUAUAACAGGGGUCAUCACGUCACCAAUCCCAGACCCAAUCACCGGACGCCCUCACAAGCGCCGGUAGACAAGAACAGAAAACACCAUCGUCCAAUCGGUGGGGAGGACCAGGGUGGAAUGAGGCCGACCCGACCCCCGUGGUUUGGGUGGGAGAAGCCAUCGUCGCCAUCAUCGUCAGGAGAUGAAUUUAAGAGUGUCAACUUUACCCUGGUGUUAGUCGUGUGCCUUGCGGGUCUUAUCUUGGCUUACCAUAGCAAUAAUUAAACAAUAUAAAACAAUUAGAUGAAUAAAAGACAUUUCAUGAUGGAAUAAAAAAAAAAA